CCGAGCUGGAGCCGGGGAUGGGGACGGGGAUGGCCUGGGCCUGGGCCCGGGCCGUGGGGAGCUGCCUCUUCCUCCUGCUCCUCGCGAGGCCGGGCCUGCCGGCGGAGCGGCCAGGUUUCCAGCAGACCUCUCAUUUGUCUUCCUAUGAAAUUAUACAUCCACAGAGGUUAACAAGAGAGCGGCGAGCGGCCUCCAAUUCCUCCUCAGUACAGGACAAGAUGUCAUAUGUUAUUCAUGUAGCGGGAAGGAAACACAUAAUUCACCUAGAAAAAAACAAAGAAUUUUUACCCAAAGAUUUCACAGUAUAUACCUACAGUGAGGAAGGGAAGUUGCAGUCUGAAAAUCCGGACAUGCAGGAACACUGCCACUAUCAGGGAUAUGUGGAGGGGAUACCAGAUUCUAUUGUUGCUGUCAGCACUUGCUUUGGACUCAGGGGACUGCUGCAAGUGGAAAAUGUCACAUAUGGAAUUGAGCCGAUGGAUUCCUCCUCUGGCCUCAAACACAUUAUAUAUCGAAUGGAGGAUGUGAAGAAGGAGCCCAUGAUGUGUGGAGUUAACAACACAGCCCCUGAAAGAGAACACACAGGGGAUGAGCAUCCUCCCAGCAUGACUCAGUUGCUGCGAAGGAAAAGAGCUAUACUUCCCCAGACAAGAUAUGUGGAGCUGUUCAUAGUUGUGGACAAAGAAAGGUAUGAGCUGUUGGGUAGGAGUGAAGCUGCUGUGAGAGAAGAGAUGGUGCAUCUAGCAAAUUACCUGGAUAGUAUGUACAUUAUGCUAAAUAUUCGUAUCGUGCUGGUUGGCUUGGAGAUCUGGAAGAACGAAAACUUGAUUAGCACAGACGGAAGUGCCGGCGAUGUGCUGGGGAACUUUGUACAGUGGCGAGAGAAGAAUCUUGUCACGCGUCGACGACAUGACAGUGCCCAGUUUGUUCUGAAGAAGGGGUUUGGUGGAACUGCAGGAAUGGCCUAUGUUGGAACAAUAUGCUCCAAAAGCCAUGCAGGAGGGAUUAAUGUGUUUGGGCAAAUCAGUGUGCAGAUGUUUGCAUCAAUUAUGGCUCAUGAGCUGGGUCAUAAUCUGGGAAUGAACCAUGAUGAUGAAAGAGUUUGUCAAUGUGGAGCAGAAAGCUGUAUUAUGAACUCUGGAGCAUCAGGGUCCAGAAAUUUCAGCAGCUGCAGUGCAGAAGACUUUGAGAAGUUAACUCUGAACAAAGGUGGAAGCUGCUUGCUUAACGUUCCCAACCCUGAUGAAACCUAUAGCAUCCCAUUUUGUGGCAACAAGUUGGUGGAUGCUGGGGAGGAGUGUGACUGUGGUUCACCAAAGGAAUGCGAAAGUGAUCCUUGCUGUGAAUCAGAUACUUGUAAACUCCGAGCAGGGGCUGAAUGUGCGUAUGGCGACUGCUGUAAAAAAUGUCGGUUUCUUCCAGGAGGCACUGUGUGCCGGGCAAGUACCAAUGAAUGUGAUCUCCCAGAGUACUGCAAUGGGACCUCCCAGUUCUGUCAGCAAGACGUCACUGUUCAGAAUGGGUACCCGUGCCAGAAUGAUGAAGCCUAUUGUUACAAUGGGAUUUGCCAGUACUACGAUGCGCAGUGUCAGGCUAUCUUCGGCUCAAGAGCAAAGGCUGCCCCUAACAUUUGUUUUGCUGAAGUGAAUUCCAAAGGUGACAGAUUUGGCAACUGUGGUUACCAUGGCCAUGACUACAAAAAGUGUUCCAGCUGGAAUGCCAUGUGUGGGAAGCUGCAGUGUGAGAAUGUGAAAACCAUGCCUGUUUUUGGGAUUGAACCUGCAAUUAUUCAAACCCCCAUCAGAAGCACUACAUGUUGGGGUGUGGAUUUCCAGCUAGGAUCAGAUGUUCCAGAUCCUGGAAUGGUGAAUGAAGGCACAAAAUGUAAUACUGGAAAAAUCUGUAGGCACUUCCAGUGUGUAAGUGUCUCUGUUCUGAACUAUGACUGCGAUGUGGAGAAAAAGUGCCAUGGACAUGGGGUGUGCAAUAACAACAAGAACUGUCACUGUGACUCAGGUUGGGCCCCUCCCUACUGUGAUACGAAAGGACACGGAGGAAGCAUAGACAGUGGACCUCCUUAUAAUGACAAAGACACCUCCUUGAGAGAUGGGUUGCUGGUAUUCUUUUUCCUGGUCCUUCCACUCCUUUUAGCUGCUGCUGUGGCAUUUGCAAAGAGAAAGGCGCUGAAGCAAUGGUUCAGGAGAACGAUAUCACAUUGUCAUCGAUCACAUACAAGCGUGCCAACUCCUCCUCCUCGCACAGAGACAGACCCAGGAAACUUUCAGCAGAACAUGCCAUAUACUUCGAGGAGCGUACCCAUGGACAUGCCAGCAAACAAAUUCACUGUGCCACCUUAUGCAGUUAAUCAUAAUCAACCAGCUUAUCACCAGCCUUACAAUUAUCCUCAGCCACACCAGGAGCAGCAGCAGUAUAAGAUACCUACAAGGCCACCUCCACCACAACAGAAGAACGUACCUCAGGGACACUAUUUUCCUUCUCGACCUGCACCUUUACCUCCCAUGUAGUUUUUAGUUUCUCUUUUACCCUCUCACAAACUGACACCUGUUCACUAAAACCGAGCUGAAAUUCUUUAUCCUUCUUGCAUCAAAUGGCCCAUGAUAUCCCAGAGAGCCGCCUUUCUGCAGUACUGAAUAUGGAAAAUGAGAUGGAAACACAAGGAAUGUAAGAUAUUAAACAAAGAUACCUAUACCAAAGCUACAGGAACGGAAUACAUCAAGUCUGUUCUUAGCUCCGUGUAUGAGUAUCGUGGCUUUGCAAACUGAAGUUGGACUAUCCAGUUGGAAGUGGUUCAGUCUGCAGUAAAAUAAUCUAAAAUACAGCACUUGGGAGUUACUUUUUGUUUCCCACAUCUUAUGAUGAGACACAAUCAUUAAAUAUUCCAUGUGGCUUAUUGUCUUUCUAUACGUACAAUGAAGAGUAAAAAACCUAUUACCUGGGCAGGUGUUAAAAAAUGGAAUUGUAAAAAUCAGGCCACUUGAUUUAACAAAAAUAUUGUUUACAUGUUCUUGUUUUGCCUGGACUAGAAACCAUUAUUCCUGUAUAUACAACUAAGGGCACAAGUGAAAUAAGAUGCCAGUAUAUUUUGAAAGGAAGAUGAAAUAUCCUAUAAACAUGUUUGGGUAUAUGUUUUUACUGGUGUGUUUAAUAUAAACACACUUUUUAAACAACAAAGAAAAUUUUAACUUCAUGCUGACUGACACUAAGCUAUAGACAAUAAAGGAUACUAGGGCGGUUAAUUUAAAUGGUUUUUAAAUACGCAAUUUUAAGUAGCUAGACCAGAAACCUGUACUAAUUUACCACUAAUACGUUAAAUGGGAUAUUAAAAUAAAGGUACGAAAAAUGGUAGCCUUUUCUUGUUUUAGGAAGGGAGUGAGCUUGAGUUUUGAUUACGUUAGACAGUCUGACAGCAAGAGACACUGCAAAAUAUUAAGAGGAAUUAUGCGUAUUGUUUAUCUAGGCCCUUUGAGAAUUUUUUGAGCACUUUAUACCCUAGCACCUCGCUGACCCCAAUGUACAUAAUUUUAACCUACCUUUCAAACUUUGAUUUUAGUGUCAGUCAGGAUGUUGACACUGGUUAAAGCAUGUUAUUUUUAAAAUCCGAUUUAAAUCUGUGCCUGAAAAAAGAUGCUCUUGGAUGUCAGUUGCGGUAUCUGAACCAAGGUGAAGUUGGAUUAUUGGAUUAUGUUCCACUAGAUUAUAUUGACACAGUGUUGUAGAUGCAUGACUGCCACGAUGGUGUGUCUGUUACACAAAUUACAGAAGGUGAAACAAUUACUGUUCAAAAUAAUGCUAAGCUUUCUCAUUUUGUCUUAGCCACUUAGCACAAACUUGUUUUGUAAAUUUCCCCAUAUUUGCCAAAAAAUCUGUGUGUGUAUAUAUACUUACAUAAAUAUAUAUAAAGUUUGCAUUUGUAAUAAUAAAAUACUUGAACUACUGUGGUUCCCCAUAAGCGUAAAGAAUAAGAUUUAAACUCUAUUAAAAUAUGUACAACUUCAUCAAAAAUAUAUUGCAAGGUGGGUUGUUUGUUUUUAGGAUUAUCAUUGGUUUAUUUCUCUCCUACCUUAUUGGGGGUUGCCUAGCUAAAGCUAUUCAGCCUUUCUGUCAAUAAGGUGCACUUCUUCCCAGGUCUUUUGUAGACAGUUCAUGACAUGCAUGACUCAGUGUACAGGGUGGGAGGGGAAUCUGAAUUAUGAAACUAUCCCCAGGAAAAGGCCUGCUUAAUGGUAUUUAAACUUGUGAAUGCCUAUGCUAUAACUGUGCUAAAUUGUGUGCCUUUAAUAUUAAUAGAGUUUUCACACUCCCAGCAUACCAUUAGCAAUGGUAUUAUAGCAAUUAGCAAUAUUAUGUGCAGAAUAGGGCAGUAAUGCAAUAAACGUCAUUCUGAGAUCACUAUUUCUAUGGAAUAAAGUAGCGCCUCAAAUUUUAAAUAUAUGGUGAAUAUUGAAGAUGACUACUGAUUUCAUGUGUAAGUCUAACACUUAGCCCUAUUGUCUGAAUACUAUUUGAACAAUCAGAACCUGUCUUAGACUUAUUUGUAAAUUGUACUUGUCUAAAACUUUGCACUCCAAAUUGUGUCGCAGCUUGGACCUUGUUUUUUGUAGGAGGAUUUACAGAAAAUACAAAUGCCACUUUUCUAAGGGCUGGGCUAUACUGAAGGGGCUUCCAUUCUAUGUGGUUUUUGUUUGUUUUUUAAAAGUAAUAAUUAAAGAUGCCAGUUUUGUAAGA